AUGGAGGCAGAAGGCAUCACAGAGACUGGAGACCUAGGAUCUCGGGACCCAGGUUCCAACAAUGACAACCAAAUUAAUAUUGUGCAACUUGAUUCCCUACAUGGAGAACAGUCCUCUAGCCCUGAAGAUCUCUGGGAGGUGCUAGAAAGGAAGUUUCUGGAACAUAAACAGGCAACUUUCAGGAACCCAGAUGAAUACCAGAAGAACUUGCUGAGUCUUCUCCCUCUGUUCUUAAAGGCCUGGGAGAAAUCUGUGGGAAUCAUCUGCUUCCCCAGUAUCCAAACACUGGCAGAGGACGUGUCCCAACAACUUGUGCAAGAGAUCCAGAAGGCCCUUGCUGGAAAACCUGCAGAACAAGCAAGAUCAGUGGCUGAACAGUUGCUACAAUGGAAGGGGGAUUCAGACCAGGACGGCUAUCUGCUCCUCAAGUCAGUGUGUGUGCUCACGGGGACAGACUCGGAGACACUGAAUCGAGUUGCCAAAUCUGGGCUCCCAGCACUGCUCCUGCAGUGCUUUUAUCUCUUCUUUGUCUUCCCUCAAGAAAAGGAGGAGCUUCCAGAAAGCAACUCUCAGAUUCAGAGAAUGUUUGUGCAGCGUUCCGGGUCUGGCGGCGGUGUUCCCCCGGUCUGGCGGGCGGCGGCAUUCGUUCCCCCGGCGUUCCCCGGUCUGGCGGCGGUGUUCCCCCCAGCUAUGGAUUGUGUUAAGAUUUCCCUCCAGAACCUCUCCAGGCUUGCAGACACAUUCCCAGCUCCAGAGGUGAGCGAGGCUGUGGGUCUCAUUUUGGACUUCGUGAAGGAUUCCUAUCCCAUCUCUUCUGCUCUGUUCUUGGAGUUCGAGAAUGGGGAGGGUUACCCCCUGCUACUCAAAGUGUUGCUUAGGUAUGACAGGUUGUCCCAGAGUGAAAUUGACCCCCACCUGGAAAAGCUCUUCACUCAAGUGAUGUGGCUGACAACUUGCGGAAAGUCAGAACUAAAGGUGUUUGACAGCAUCACUUACCCUCAACGUGAAGGCUUCAAGUUUCGUCAUGAGGCUUCUGGGGCAACUAUUAAGAAUCUUCAAGCUUUUCAAGUCCUGCAGAAUGUCUUCCACAAAACCAGUAACCCUCUUCUCUGCUCACGGAUCUUGUCAGCAAUCAGAACUAUGUGGGUGUGGAACACACGCAACUUCUUCCUUCUGGAGUGGACCCUCCAACCCAUCUCACGGUUUGUAGAGCUCUUACAUUUGAAGCCAGCCCCGGUGCAGACACAGUUCUUCCAGCUGCUGGAGAUGCUGGUGUUUGAGCUAUAUUAUGUUCCCCAUGAAAUCCUACAGAAGGUUCAGACUUUGGUCAAAGAGAGCCUAGACCCAUCCUGCAGCCUUGUGGCCCUGCAUAGUAUCCACCGGAUUGCAGGGGGGGACCCAUUCUUCACUGACAUCUUCCGGGACUCAGGACUCCUGGGCCUGCUACUAGCCCAGCUGCGGAAGCGAGCCAAGAUCAUGAGGAAAUCAGGAAACACAGAGUCCACCCUUGACAUUCAAGACUCAGAAAAAGAACUCACUUGCUUGAUGCUGAGGACUGUGAGCACACUUCUUGAAGGUUCCAUUCGGAAUGCAGUUGUCUUGAAAGACCAUGGUAUGGUGCCCUUUAUAAAGAUCUUUCUGGACCAGGACUACUACCGUGGACCUUCACUGGCCAUCCUGGAGCAGCUGUCUGUCAUCAAUGCAGAGGAAUAUAUGAGCAUUGUUGUGGGUGCCUUGUGCUCAUCUACACAAGGGGAGCUGCAGCUGAAACUGGACCUACUCAAGUCUCUAGUUCGGAUAUUGGAAACCCCCAAGGGCCGUGCUGCUUUCAGAGUCUCCAGUGGAUUCAAUGGGCUGCUGUCUUUGCUUUCUGAUCUGGAAGGAACUCUCCAAGAACCACCUCUACAGACGUGGGGACCAGUCUCUCCCACUGAGACUCUGGACCUAAUCCUCCACACCCUCUGUGCUAUGUCUGUGGCGCUGCACCUGGACCCUGUCAACACUGACUUCUUCCAGAGGAAUGGGCUGUUUGAGAAGCUGGCUGAGGACAUCCACCUGCUGGGCUGUUUUGGAGUCCUGGAGGAAGGGUGGGAACCACUUCAGUCCUGGACAGAAACAAAACACAGGCCAUUUGCUGAUUUGCAGAGAGCUGCCUUUUUAUCAAUCAGCCCUUUUCCAUCCAGGAUCCAGAAUUGCCUCCAGAUCCUCAGCUUUCUGGACAGCAUGGCCAGCAGUACCCUUCACAUUCGGUGGGACCUGACUGAGUCCUUGAGGGCUAGCCUGAAGCCAGCUGUGGAUGCUCCUAAGGGAGAAGCCUUCAGUAUCUCCAGAGACCAGGAGGAAAGACUGGAAGAAGGGGAGGUCACCAUCAUUCACCCUGGGAUAGUGUGUGUCAUGGUGAAGCUGCUUCCAUGCUUGUACCACGAAGAUCACCCACAGCUUUCCAUGGAGAUCCAGCAUUCCCUUGCAGGCCAUCUUCAGUCCCUGGUGAAAUCUGAGAAGAACCGCCAAGUCCUGUGUGAGGGAGGAAUGCUCAGUACACUCCUGGCUGCCUGCCACAAGGCCCUGGUCACAAGCAGCCACCCCCUGCACCUGAGCCUUAUUAGGAUAUUUGAGAAGCUAGCCUCCCAGGCCAUUACACCUGAUGUGCUAAGGCAGUUUUUACGUCUUGGAAUAUCAUCUCCUACAGUAGCUGCUACAAAGAUGCUCAGUUCACCUGGUGUGCAUGGAGACUGUUCUGGAUGCUCAGGGUCAAAGGCAGCAGAGCUGGGUGCUGAAGAGGAUCCCAUGAACAUUAGCUCUGGAAUCUCGCAGGCGCUCAGGCCCUCGGAGCCACUCCUCAGCUCUACAGCUGCCCUGCAGACUGUGCUGAGCCUCAUUUCCAUGACAUCACCUCGUAACCUGCAGCCACAGAGGGGGGCCCUGGCACCUUCAUUCGUGGAAUUUGACAUGUCCACAGAAGGCUAUGGCUGCCUAUUCAUUCCAACCCUGUCCACAGUUGUGGGCACCAGCACAGAGUACUCCAUCUCAGGAGGGAUUGGGACAGGCACUGCCAGACCCUUCCCUCCCCUGGGGGGGCUGACCUUUUCUUGCUGGUUCCUGAUUAGCCGGCUUGGUGUUUCCCCGGGAAGCCAUCCUCUCCGAUUCCUCACGCUGGUGCGCCACCUCUCCAGAACGGAACAGCCCUUCAUCUGCCUCUCCAUCAGUCUCUGCCUUGAUGACUUAUCCUUGGUGGUGUCCACAGAGGAGAAAGAAUUCCAGCCCCUGGAUGCCAUGGAACCUGAGGAUAUUGCUGAGCCUUCUGCAGGACGUCAGCUCCAGGUCAGGUGUGGACAGUUACUGGCUUGUGGUCAGUGGCAUCACUUGGCUGUGGUGGUCACCAAGGAGAUGAAAAAGAAUUGUACUGUUUCUACCUAUCUGGAUGGACAGAUCAUUGGCUCAGCCAAGAUGUUAUACAUUCAAGCUCUACCGGGACCUUUCCUUUCAAUGGAUCCAUCUUCAUUUGUGGAUGUGUAUGGAUAUAUUGCUACACCUCGAAUUUGGAAGCAAAAGUCAUCAUUGAUCUGGCGUCUUGGCCCUACAUACCUCUUUGAAGAAGCUAUCUCAAUCGAAGCUCUGGAAGUUAUUAAUAAACUUGGUCCAAGAUACUGUGGUAACUUCCAAGCUGUACAUAUCCAAGGAGAAGAUUGCGAUGCUGAAGCUGUGCCUCUUGUCAUGGAGGACAGGAUUUCCUUCGGACUUCACGUAGCCAGCUCGUCCAGCACCAACGUGGCAGAUAUAAGACGUGUUUACAAUGAGGUGGACAGCCGCCUGAUAGCUAAAGAGAUGAACAUUUCAUCCCGUGACAAUGUCACACCUGUGUUCUUGCUAAGAAAUUGUGCUGGCCACCUCUCAGGAUUUCUUCGAACCAUUGGAGCAGCUGCUACAGGACAAUUAGGAGUGAGGGUGUUCCAUUCUAGCCCUGCGGCCAGCAGCUUGGACUUCAUUGGAGGACCUGCAAUUCUCUUGGGUCUCAUGUCCCUGGCAACAGAUGAGCACACUAUGUAUGCAGCUGUGAAAGUCCUGCACUCCGUCCUGACCAGCAAUGCCAUGUGUGAUCGCUUGAUGUGGCACAUCUCUGGGUAUCAGAUAAUGGCAUUUCUGCUGAAAAAAAAGGCUUCACUCCUAAACUACAGAAUUUUUCAGCUAAUUCUCUCAAUUGCUGGAACUGCAGAACUGUGCUUCAGAUCAUCUCUUAUUACCAAUAUUGGUGUCUUCCAACAUGUCCUGUGCAAUUUUGAGCUCUGGAUGAAUACUGCAGACAAUCUGGACCUUGCUCUCUUUUCCCAUCUUGUCGAAAUCUUUCAAUCAUCAAGGGAAGGAGCCAGGAAUGCUGAAGUUGCUCACCAAGCACAACUCAUCCCCAAAUUGGUCUUCCUCUUCAAUGAGCAGAGUCUUACCUCAGCCAAGAUCUCCAUCAUUGUUGCUAUCCUGGGUCACCAGCUGAUAGGCCACUUCAGCUUGAAGGACUUGCUCAGGAUUGCUCUGUUUGUUGUGUACACCCUCAAGCCUUCUUCUGUGAAUGAGAGGCAGAUCUGCAUGGAUGGAGUCCUGAACCUCUCUGGAUCUGCUGGAAGCCUAACAUCUGGAAAGACAAUCUGGCUUAGAAACCAGUUGCUGGAGAUGCUACACAGUGUAAUAUCUUCUCACCACCUUAAUCUGUCCUCUGAGACAAAGGAAAAAAUGUUUCUGAACCUAGGGCCAGACUGGUUCCUACUUCUCAUGCAGGGCCACCUGCAUCCCAGCACCACCCUGCUGUCACUGAAGCUGCUGCUCCACUUCUUGUCAAAUCCCACCCUCUGCAGGCGAUUUAAAGAGGGUCUAUCUGCGGGAUCCUGGGUGGAAAAUAGCUCUGUGGGUUUCGAUGUCAUAAUGGACAAUCUGAAGAGUCCCCCUGCCACCCCUGAGCAGACACCCUGCCUGCUGCCUGGGUUCUGCAUGCUGAAUGCCUUCCUGGCCCACCAUGUUCACAUUGCUGAAGUCUACCUCAUCGUGUCCUCUUUCUUCCUAAAGACUCAGCUCACAGAGCUGACUGACAAGCCCAAAGAUGACCUAGAGGUCAUGUUUCAGUGGCUCCUGCAGAAGCACCACAGGGAAGAGGUUCUCCAUGCUGGACUGUGCCUGGAAGGUGCUCUGCUGAUUCUGGAAAUGCUUAAAGUCAGCAUAAACCAGCCCUUGGCAGAUUCUGAAGACUGUACCUGGGAGCGGACCUUUCCUGCCUGUGUGCUGCAGUUCCUGGGUCUUGUCCACCAUACUUACCCCCAGGAUCCCAUGUGGCAUUCCCCAGAGUUUCUCCAGACUUUGGCCACAGUUACCUUCCCUCUGGGAAUCCAAAUGGGCACCGUGGCUGAGGUUACCUGGAAUGCUAGUGGUCCUAGGAUUGCAGCUGAAGGUCACAGCAUGAAGGAGGGUCUCCAGGCUCCUGCAAAGUUGCAUCCUGCCAGGAAACAGUUGAAGACAUUCAUGCAGCUCCUCUUGAGGGAGCUCCUCAAGGCAACCUCUUCCCCUAAGCAGUGGCUGCCACUGGAAGUGCUCUUGGAGGCUUCUCCAGACAAUGCCACUACCCAACAGAAACGAGAUUUCCAGUCUGAGGUUCUACUCUCUACCAUGGAGAUAUUUCAUGUUAUGAGUGAGGGCAACACACCAAUAAUGAGAGGCAGUAAAAAGCCUCAGCUUAACAUAGAAGCUGCUGCUUCUCCACCCUUUGCCAACAUCUCUUACUUCACCCAGAAACUGGUGGAGAAGCUACACAGUGGGAUGUUCACAGCUGACCCUAAGCACAUCCUUGUCUUCAUCACGGAGCACAUCAUGGUGGCCAUUGAGAAUGCCUCACCUUCAAAGGAAGCCAUCCUCAGUACUUUGUAUAGCAGUUUGAAUAAAGUCAUCCUGCACUGCCUUUCCAAGCCCCAGCAGUCCCUCUCUGAGUGCCUCAGCCUCCUCAGCAUCCUUGACUUUCUGCAGAAUCACUGGGAUAUUGUCUUUGCCACUUACAAUUCCAAUGUUAGCUUCCUUCUCUGUCUCAUGCAUUGCCUUUUGCUGCUCAGCUCGGGAAGCUAUCCAGAAGGAUUUGGCUUAGAACUCAAGCCUAGGAUGACUCCUUAUCAAGUCUUUCUUUCUCCAAAUGAAGAAGUGGGAGGAAAAAGAGGGGAAGAUUUCCCAAGUUUGAGUGAUGUACAACACAACAUUCAGAGAAUGGUACGAACUCUCUGGCAAAAGCUUGUGGCACAGAGGCGGCAGGUGCUGGAGGAUGUCUUUAAGACAGAUCUUUCUGUGAAGCCUGGAGAAAGUGAAGUGAAGAUUGAAGAGAUCACUCCACUCUGGGAGGAGAACAUGCUCAAGGCCUGGCAGCAUUACUUAGCAUCUGAGAAGAAGACCCUGGCUAGUCGCUCAAAUGUCACUUACCACAGCAAAGUCACUUCCUGGAGUGAAAGCCUGUCUUCAGCUAUGAAACUGAUGCCUGGUCGGCUAGUCAAGGGCCCUGAAUGCAAGGCAGAGGAUUUUGUGUCAUGUAUAGAGAGCUACAGAAGAAAAGGACAGGAGCUAUAUGCAUCUUUGUACAAAGAUCAUAUGCAGAGGCGGAGAUGUGGUGGUAUCAAAGCAGCCAAUGCUUGGGCCAAGACCAAGGAGAAGCUCUUUGGGGAACUGGGAUUGUGGGGCCAGAUAGUGGGAAACAUGCCCUGUUCACAAUGGGAACUGGACUGGCGAGAAGGACCUGCUCGUAUGAGAAGAAGAAUGAGGAGUGUGUCGUCCCUGCAAGUCCUGAGUCAAACAAUCCACAAGGAAAACCAAGACAGAGAUGGUGAUCUUUCUCAAUCAAAUCCUGGAAAACAAGAUGAACUGUCACCCAAUGAAGUUGAAGAUGAGAGUGAUGAAGUGGCUGUGGACUGCACCCAGCUAACUUUCUUCCCUGCCUUACAUGAAAGUCUACACUCAGAAGAUUUCUUAGAACUUUGUAGAGAAAGACAAGUUAUAUUGCAAGAGCUUCUUGAUCAAGAAAAGGUGUCGCUGAAGUAUUCCCUGGUAAUUGUGCAAGGGCAUCUGGUCUCAGAAGGGGUCCUUCUUUUUGGCCGCCAGCACUUCUACAUCUGUGAGAACUUCACACUGUCCCCUGUGGGUGAUGUCUACUGUAGCCGCCACUGCUUAUCCAGCAUCAGCGAUCCAUUCAUUUUCAACAUGUGCAGCAAAGACAGGUCCUGUGACCAUUACGCAUGCCAGCGGCACAGCUACUCAGACAUCAAGGAGAUCCACCGGGCUCGCUUCCUUCUGCAGGACAUCUCACUGGAAAUCUUUUUCCAAAAUGGAUAUUCCAAGUUUCUUGUCUUCCACAAUGGUGACCGAAGUAAGGCCUUCAAAAGCUUCUGUUCUUUCCAACCCAACUUGAAAGGAAAAGGCAUCACUGAAGACUCCCUUAAUUUAAGGAAACACCCUGGCUCCGACAGGACCAUACUGCAGAGGUGGCAGAAAAGGGAAAUCAGCAACUUUGAGUAUCUCAUGUACCUCAACACGCUGGCUGGAAGGACCUAUAAUGAUUACAUGCAGUACCCUGUGUACCCCUGGAUUCUUGCUGACUACACCUCAGAGACGUUGAACUUGAUGAACCCCAAGACAUUCAGGGAUCUUUCAAAGCCCAUGGGAGCUCAGACCAAGGAAAGAAAGAUGAAAUUCAUCCAGAGGUUUAAAGAAGUUGAGAAGACUGAAGGAGACUUGACUGUCCAGUGUCACUACUGCACCCACUAUUCCUCUGCCAUCAUCGUUGCCUCCUACCUGGUCCGAAUGCCACCCUUCACUCAGGCAUUUUGCUCUCUACAGGGUGGAAGCUUCGAUGUGGCAGAUAGAAUGUUCCACAGUGUGAAGAAUGCGUGGGAGUCUGCGUCCAAGGAGAACAUGAGUGAUGUUCGGGAACUGACCCCAGAGUUCUUCUACCUGCCUGAGUUCCUAACAAACUGGAAUGCAGUGGAGUUUGGCUGCAUGCAGGAUGGGACAGUGCUGGGGGAUGUGCAGCUCCCUCCCUGGGCUGAUGGAGACCCUCGGAAAUUUAUCAGCCUGCACAGACAGGCUCUGGAAAGUGACUUUGUCAGCGCCAACCUCCACCACUGGAUAGACCUCAUUUUUGGAUACAAACAGCAAGGUCCAGCUGCAGUGGAGGCUGUCAACACAUUCCACCCAUACUUUUAUGGUGAAAAGAUGGACUUCAGCAGGAUUGAAGAUCCUCUGAUAAAAAGCACCAUCCUGGGCUUUGUUAGCAACUUUGGACAGGUGCCCAAACAGCUCUUCACCAAGCCCCAUCCUGCCAGGAUGGCUCUAGGAAAGCCAUUAUCUGGAAAAGACAUGAGCAUGUCCAUUAGCCUGCUGGGUUACCCCCAGCCAUUCUUCUACAGCCUGCAGUCUCUGAAGCCCUCUCCAGUCACUGUCAAAGAUAUGUACCUUUUUUCACUAGGCUCUGAGUCACCUAAGGGAGCCAUCGGCCACAUCGUUCCCACGGAGAAGACCAUCUUGGCGGUGGAGAGGAACAAGGUUCUGUUGCCUGACCUCUGGAACAAGACCUUCAGCUGGGGCUUUGACGACUUCAGCUGCUGCCUGAGUGCCUAUGGCUCUGACAAGGUCCUGAUGAAGUUUGAGAACCUGGCUGCCUGGGGCCACUGUCUCUGUGCUGUGUGUCCAUCUGCUACGACAGUCAUCACCUCAGGGGACAGCACUGUGGUGUGUGUGUGGGAGCUCUGCACAGCUAAAGGCCAGGCUCAAGGCCUGCACCUCCGGCAGGCCUUGUAUGGGCACACGAAGGCUGUCACGUGCCUGGCUGCAUCAGUUGCCUUCAGCCUCUUGGUGAGUGGCUCCCAGGACCGCACCUGCAUCUUGUGGGACCUGGACAACCUCAUUCACGUGACCCGCUUGCCAGCCCACCGGGAAAGCAUCUCUGCCAUCGCGAUCGGUGAUGUUUCGGGCACCAUCAUUUCCUGUGCAGGAGCCCACCUGUCCCUUUGGACUGUAAAUGGACAGCCCUUGGCCAGUAUCACCACAGCUUGGGGACCAGAAGGAGCCAUAACUUGUUGCUGUGUGGUAGAAGGAUUAGCCUGGGACACAAGUCACAUCAUCAUCACGGGGAGUCAUGAUGGCAUGGUUCGGAUUUGGAAGACUGAGGAUAUGAAGAUGUCUGCUUCUGAGCACACAGAGGUAGAGGAUCCCUCUGCCCAGCUUCCAAACCAAAGAGGUCACAGGUGGGAGAAGAAUCUGGCCCUUUGCAGAGAACUGGACGUCAGUGUCACGUUGACAGGGAAGCCCAGCAAGACCAGCCCUGCGGUGACAGCACUGUCCGUGUCCAGAAAUCAGACCAAACUCCUGGUGGGUGAUGUGAAGGGGAGAAUCUUCUGCUGGUCUGUGGAUGGAUAG